AUGAUGCUACAAACCAGUCAUCGGAGACACGAGUACAAGAGCAUGCUGCCGGAAGAGUUCAAUGGUGGGUCGUACGACCAAAUCUUUGCUGUUGUCCCUACACACAGCACCAGCUCGUUAUCAUCCUUGUGGUCCUCAUCGAUGUGUCUCGAUCGUGUAGGCGGCAAGACAGUCGAGAACGCUGCAGCGGACAUACUGGACACGUGGGCCACAAUGCAGUUCCAGCAAUCAGAAGAGGAGCCUUUUGUAAUCUUGCAUGAGCCCCAGCCGGUCCAGGUAUUUCUUCCAGGUCUGUACAUCGCACAGCCAGCUGACUCGGAGAGAAUGACCACUACACUUCCAAUUUCUUUGGAUAGUGAGUCUGAGACGGAAGGUUCCGACAGUUCUGGUUUCUGGGACCCUCCUUUCUAUGAUGCAUCGGCUGGCGCAGCUCAUGUUCGGUAUCACAAUGAUCGCUGUGGCGGGAGUGGUGUUGUGUUGCCAGUGGAGGUGCUGGGAUACUUACCAUCCUUCUAUUUCGAGCACGAUUAUCUUCAUGCACUUGCUGCUGCUUCCUCGAGAAUGUUGAGCCUGGUUCGAGACAAAACACACUGGCAAGACCUAGUUGUUGACAUCGAUCGACCAGACCUUCUGGUGUCGGCCCGCCUCCGCAGCAUGAUAGACUUGCUCAGCCGGGCCAGGUGGGUUUGCGUGAAUAUACAUCAGUUGAGCAUGUUCCUCAUCAUACCAGCAAACAUCAGGCUGAACUGGACACCGACACCUGUUCCCCGACAUUCUCUGCCGCCGUUCGUAAUGUUCGGCUUCCAGUCCAUGCAGCCGCUGCUCGGUGUCGCGGACUUCGACAUCGUUCUACCGGCACAGCUGCGAUCACUUGUUGUUGGUGUCAGGGAAUGGCAUGGUGAAACCAGAUUUUAUUGUCGAAUCGACAAUAUAUUUCAGACACCAGUUGCCUGGUCUUUGGGCAUGAACAACAGACCGGCCAGACCUUACACACGAGCCAGCCGCUUCGAGUUCAUUGUGAACCGAAGCAACAGAUUCCAUCUCCGAUGGAACACAAGAUUCUUUUCUGUUGGACUGAAUCACCAAGGUGUUCUGCGUGCAUCGGUGACUGCUCCGAAUGAAAGACUGGCUCCUGCCUUGUCUCAAGUAUUUAUUUGGGGUUUCGGGCCACAGCGUCCGCUUUCCACGCGACCCCGAGUAGCUGCAGUGCCAUCCUUGCUGCAACUGAAUGCAUCCAUCAGGUGUGCAAUUUGUCACCAAGAGCACACCAUCAUGAUACCUCGUUGGUGUGUCUGCCCCAUGUGCACGACAUGGGUUUGCGCGUCCCAUGUCGGGGAGUCUCCAUGGAGAAGAUGUCCUGGCUGCGAGUAUCGUCUCCAGGAUUACUUGGGUGGGGCUGAGGACAAUGAUGGAGAUUCUUACGUGCAGGCUCCGGAUGGAACAAGUCACGACUGGGACGACGAGCUCCUGGUAUCCAAUUCGAAUCUGGAAAUGGUAUCGCACAAUAUGGAUUUCUUGGGAGGAUCGGUUACCGGACUCAUCCACCAAUACGCGGAAGAGUUCGAACCGGCGGUGGCGCUGAUGAAGAUGAAGUCUGGGAAGCAAUGGCCUAGGCCAGAAUAUGUGGACCCGUCCAUCAGUUUGCCGUCUAUCGCAGCCAUGCUUCAAGGGAUGGACUUCAAGUAUCAGGCAGACCUGGUACAUCUUCUCCGGCAAAGUGAUCCGAACAUUUCGGAAAUCUGUCGUUUGGUUGCUUUGAGCAAAGAAGACUUGAACGGCUGGGAUGAAAUCGUCAGUGCAUUGGCUAUGUCCGAUAACGAAAUCAUGCUGCACUGGGACAGGAAACGCAUAGCUGCUGCCAACUCUGGUACUUGGAUGCAUGCGAUGCUGGAGCAUAUGCUGAAUGGCUACAAAAUACAACCCGGACCUAUGGAGGGAGAAAUGACUGCAGUCAUUCGGUUCCUGUCUGGUUUGGAUAAUGUCGAAGUCUACCGUACAGAAUGGUGCAUCUGUGCACCUGAAGAAGAUUUGGCAGGGUCCAUCGACUUGGUUCUCAAGGACAAAGACACUGACGUUUUUCAUCUCGUCGACUGGAAACGGAGUGAGAACCUGCAGGACAAGUACAACAGCUACGGCAAGAAAAUGGCUCCUCCUAUACAGGAUGUAGAUGACUGCCAAGGACAGCAUUAUCGAUUGCAGCUCAAUAUCUACAAAUGGAUCUUAGAGAACUACUAUGACAUCAAGGUGCAGCAAAUGAAAGUCGUAUGCGUACAUCCGCGUUACCUUCCACAUGGACUCGUGGACAUUGUACCUGACAUGCAGACGACGGUUGCCAAGAUGAUGCAAUGCUGCCGAAACAAGAAGGCUGCCAUUUCAAUGCAAAAUGCUGAACGUGCAGAGAUCGGUCCUGGCCAGGCCCACGACGCUCCGGGUCCUGCUCAUGGAUGUGAAAGCCUGCCACCCGGACAAGAUAGUCAGGGCAAUAUUCCAGAUACGUUGGAGUUUGAAGUCAUGCUUACAGGCCCUCCACCAACCAAAGAUGAAAUGGAGAUUGCACUGGAAGAACUCAUGUUGGAGGAAGAGGACAAAACUACACAUGGCCUAGCCAAGAAAAGAAGAUUGAUGCCGGGAGCCGACACACAUGCUCUGGACUGCAAAAACAUGUUUGCAAGAUCCCUCGACAUUAUCAAGAAUACCCUUGAUACAUAUGGAGCAGAUGUUUGUUUGCAGCCUAACACCAUCAUGCAGAACACGAGGAACAUGGUGAGCUCCCUCCAGACCAAGUACCCCUGGAUGUCGGAUCAACUGAAACGUUUGAUCAUGGUGGCCGUUCACAUGACCACUGGCAAAAUCGGUGAUAAGCCUAUGCUGCCGGACGCCGCUGCCAUUACCUGGAUGGUAGAAGGUGACUGUCACAUGCGUGUCCACAAAGGUUUCCUUUUCAUCUACGAUGACGAUGGCUGUUUCAUGCCAUUUGGCGGAAUUCCUCCUGAAGCUGUUCUACACCGUGUUGGUGACUUCUUUUGUUGUCUUGAAGGAAUAUUCCGACGCAUGAAACCCGAAAUCGUUCGAGAUGCAGUUUCGGUUGCUAACGCCAUCGCAGCGGACAUGCAGAACUUCGAGACGGAGUCGGACUACUUCACAGAAUGUAGGAAUGCCACGAACAAAAGAUCUCAGACACCUGCGUACUCACAGAGAUUGGAUGAUGACGAAGAGGAUGUUCGCGGUCGCAAUCAAUCCGGACAAGAUGCAUGUGAAUCGUGGCCUCUGGACAUGGCAUCUAGGUCCUGGAAGGUGUCCUGUAUCAUCAAACAAGAGCUCAUGCAGACAAGGAUGGUUUCCUUGCUCGUGGAGUGGUGUGAGACGGAAGACAGAAGGUCGUCAACUAUAUGUUACGAUGAUCUCUGCCUUGCAUAUGAUCGACCCGGAUCCUUUCUUCCAGUAGAAGUGGUGAAAAAGGGCCCGCAGAACAACUGUUAUGUGAGGAUUCCACAUCCCUUGCUGGAUCCAGUCAUGGAAGCUAACAUGGACAGACUCCAAGGAUUCUACGAGAGAACAUUUUGGUGCAACUUGGACGUGUUCAAGUGUUUCCAAGCUGCCGCAGCCAUCGCCAAGAGAGGCUUCAAUGUCGAUCGGCUGGAGGUGAACAGGGUCAUGGCUUUCCUCGGUGUGACCAACGGCAAUUUCAACUCCAUGUUCAGACGCUCCUUCGUCUGGAAAGCAAAGGCCCGCUUCGUCCAUGGCAAGUUCCUACGACAUUAUCCAGAUCAUGAGAAGGACGGCAUUUUCGAAGCGGAUCCCAGCCUAAGCAAGUUUCUGUCCACAUCCCAAGCCUCCAUUGCAGGAUUGAAGUUGCAGUGGGCCUUCGAGGUGGAUCACAGUAAGGAAGACUGCUACCAACUCAUCGAAGACUACUGCAAUGGAGGCGACGGCCAUUUGACCGAAGACAUCAUGAGAGAUGCAUGCGGUCUGCCAGUGCGAGUUCGUCAGGAGCACGAGGAAGAAGGGCUGGGCAACGUCAUGGCGGCAGGACAAGACAGUGCGGACGAACGUGACGAGAGAGACCAGGAAUGGAUCAAAUUAAAAAACUUCCUCACCACCUACAUGCUGGAGAAAGAGAUGGACGUGAUGACGUUCCACGAGUUCAAGAAGAUGAACUUCAAGCCAGGCCAACAUCCCAAUCUGGCCAAGGGAGUCAUGUGGGAUCAACUUGAAGAGAAGGGCGUUGUUCGCACGGCUCUCAUUCGGCAGAAAACCAGCAAAGAGAAGCCCGGGGCAUACAUCCCCAAUUUGAUCUUCAGCAAACCUCAUGCUGAUAUUUGCCCACAGGCUGCAUUGGACACUGUUCGACUGCAAUUUGAAGAGGAGCAAGACAUCGGCUUAGCAAAAAAGUACGCUCACAGCUGCCGUGGUCGCAGCAUGAACGCGGACACCAUGAAGGCAUUCUACAAGGCAAUGAUUCCUGCCUCCAAGAAAGGACGCCGCACAGCAGAAACGGAAGAAAUCGUGCAGAAGUAUCAGUCUCUCAUUCGGAAGCUUGAAGAUCACGAAAACUGCCUUCAGCAGAUUGUAUCAACAAAGCAUGGACGACGCUUGCGAGGGAAGAAGUCGGUGGAGGAGGACGACCAUGAGUCGGUCGAUCAUGUCUCUCUGGAUGGAAAAAGUUGGAGUUCUCUGAAGCACGGCCGAACCAUAUCGUAUGCCUACUCUGAGAAGGUACCGUACACGGUGCGAGCACGCCGCUACACUAACAAUGGUGGAGUGCAGUCCAUGUCCCGUCGACUCCAAUCUCACGUUGUGGACGGUCAUACAGUCGAUUUGGAUAUCCAGAACUGUUGUCUUACAUUGUUGCAGCAGAUCAUUGCUAAGGUCGAGCCACAGCCACCCAUGCCUGACAAUCUUGUGAAACUUCUGGAUCGUUUGGUGAAUGAUCGAACAGCUGUGCUGAAUCAGCUCGGGCUUCAUAUCGUGGAGGGCAAGGAGAUGAUCAACACCGUUCUGAACGGUGGCAGCCCAUUUCCGGCAUUGAAAAACAAUGAGAUUGUCUAUGAUCUGCAAAGACUCUCACAGUAUGUCCGUUGGGUUGCAUGCAAUAUGCUACACGAGGACUAUAUGUCGCUUGCGGACAACAAGCAUAAGACAUUCCCAUCUUCCACCAUCCUAUCAUUGCUUUGGACCUCAGUCGAAGACAGGAUUCUGCAGAGUUGGACCGAACAUAUAUUGAGUCGUCCGAGCAAGCCAAAGCACUUGUCUCUUCACUUCGAUGGUCUUCGAAUAUCCAGAGAUCACAUUGAGACGUCGCAAGAUGAAUUCAUCAAGGAUUGUGAGAAUGCAAUCAGAAUGCGGACUGGCUUCAUGGUGAAGAUUGUGGAGAAAAAGCAUUUUUCCUUCAUCGACUUGGUGAAGAACAGAAGUACUCAUGCCAAUUCAGUUACGAAUGUACCUGCUCUUCUAUUGCAACCAGGCAACUGCAUACCCUGUGCCGUCUGGCACAUGACGCCACUUGUUAGACCAGUUGUGGUCGCUGCGAUAUCAAACGAAACAUUGGAGAAGAACAUCGAUGCCAAGAAGAUGAAAUACAGAGAUUACCGUUCUGUAGCUUCCAUGUGUUCGAUUGAUCUCGCCAGCUGUGUUGGUCUGCCUGAGUCGCAUGUGAAAUCUUUCGUUAUACAUUACGAAGGACAGGGCGUCCCACACUGUCUGGCUGUCAGAGUAGAUGCUGCUGGGAAAAACGUUACAAUCCUGGAUGGGGCCACAGUGUACAAGCUCACCAUGGCAAUUUUUCGAGAAAUCCAUUCUGCAGCCGUGGAUCACGCCACCAUGGUGUCGUAUUGGAAACCAGAUUCCCGCGACAAGAUCGAUGGCAAAUCCUCAUUGUUGCUGGAUAUGGUUGCAGGUGCACGUGAGGCUCCACAUGAUUCCGAAGAAGAUACUUGUGAUGAUGUGGCCGAAGCCUCCGCUGCAUCCAGCAUCAAUAGGUUGUCCUUCGAUGAAGACAAUGUUCCGGUUUUCAGCGACAACAUUAUGAACCGCUUGAGUGAAGAAGCAGACUUCGUCAUGAAAGUUCGAGCAGUAUCUACGAGAUGUCAUAUGGCCGCCUUCGAAUCCAACAACAAGCUGGCUAGCUUGCUACCGCGACGGUCGCAGCAUUGGAUGCCUAUGCUUGAGGACAUCGCCACAUCUCAUGCGUUCCUUGAUAAGAUGGAGAGCAUGAGCAAUGUCCUCAUGCAACAAGAUGAAUGGCAUUAUAUCAGCAUGGACGCCACCCUGAAACUGUGCAUGAAGCUGAUGGGCCAAGCUUCCUACAGGUCGCCGAAGGCUGUGCGGGACGAAGCGCCCUUUGGAGACGAUGUGGCGUGGCGGAGACUACUGACCGUUCGCGGUCGCACGGGUGCAGUCCUCUUGAUGCAUCCACUUCAAAACGAAUCGUCGGAGCAGCUUGUGGAGGCGCUAAGCCAGAACUUCUCCACAGAGCAGCUUCAGGCGGUGGUGCACAUUGGGACGGACAGCCCAUCCGAGAAACUCUUCAGUCAGUUGCAGAGCAUAUGUCCGUGUAUGAAAUCUCUGAUUCUGGAUCCCAUUCACUUGGCUAUUGUUUACGAGUAUGGAUUUUGGAACAAGAAGAGUCCUGGAUCUAAACAACUUCGUCGCAUACUGAAAAAAUGCACUGCCGUGGACGACGAUCUGGGUCGUGAUUGCUGGGGUCCAUUCUACGAUGGCAGGAACGCCAAUCCGUUGGGCGAAGUUGAGAUAAAGUACAGGGACAUGAUUUCGACUUCAUCCAUGACUCCAUCUGAGAGCAAGAACAUCCUGGACAAGCUGGACAUGCAGGUACCGUUCUCGAACCGUCUGGAAUUCAUCAAGGCACUGGCUGCCCUAUGUCAACGAUAUCCCAAUGAAGUCAACAAAAAGAUUGCAGGUGCCAACAAGCAGAUCAACAAGAUUUUAUGGUCUGCAUGCUCGCCCGAUCGCUUGGAGUGGAUGAUGAACAACUUGCGUGUAAGACACGCCAUUCAACCUUCGUAUCGAUGGUUCCUGCCAAGCGGGACGUCGAGUAACGAAGCCCUCCAUGCCGAAGUGAAUUCCUGGACUCGAAGCAUCACUGCGAUGCAUCGCUCUACUUUGGCUAUGAAGCUAAUGUACUUCAGAUACAUCAAGUUGUUGUUACAUUAUCUAUCUGUCCAGCAUCCUCUAUCGCAUGUGGUGAGUGCCAGUAUGCUGCUAAGCAGAUCCCUGCACGCAUCGCUGUGGUACGGUGAUGACUGGACCGCGUGGUGCUCUGAACAAUCGUCAGAGACAGUGCCUAAGAAGGCCGCACUUCCUUUGUCCUCUGCCAACCGGCACGAGGCGAAACUGGUUCGGCAACACCUACAGAAAAAACCUGCUUGUAAAGGACGUAAGAACCACGUCGUCAAGAGACGUGUCACGCCACUAUCCGUUAAACGGAUGCACACACUGCGAAGUGCCGGUGUAAAGUCACGUCGACGCGAUUGA